CGGAAUGCGCCCACUAUGGCCAAGCUCUGGUUCAAAUUCCAGCGGUACUUCCGGCGGAAGCCCGUGCGCUUCUUCACCUUCCUGGCACUCUACUUGACGGCCGGAAGUGUCGUGUUCCUGCACUCGGGCUUUGGAGGGCAGCCAGCCGUUUCCCAGAGCCAGGCGGGCGCCGCCGCGGGGGCCCCAGCCGAGGACGCCGAGCUGCCCUUCCUGGGGGACUUGCACGUGGGCAGGGGCUUCCGGGAGCCGGGCGAGGCCUCGAGCAUCACCCGCAGGUACGGACCCUGGUUCAAGGGCAAGGACAGCAAUGAGCGCGCCAAGCUGGGCGACUAUGGUGGCGCCUGGAGCCGAGCCCUCAAGGGAAGGCUCGUCCGGGAGAAGGAAGAGGAGCGAGCCAAGUACAUCGGCUGCUAUCUGGAUGAUACCCAGAGUCGGGCCCUGCGAGGCGUGUCCUUUUUCGACUACAAAAAGAUGACCGUCUUCCGUUGCCAGGACAACUGUGCAGAACGGGGUUACCUCUAUGCCGGGCUGGAGUUUGGUGCCGAGUGCUACUGUGGUCACAAGAUCCAGGCGGCCAACGUGAGCGAGGCCGAGUGUGACAUGGAGUGCAAGGGCGAGCGGAGCAACGUGUGUGGGGGCGCCAACCGCCUGUCCAUCUACCGGCUGCAGCUGGCCCAGGAGUCGGCCCGCAGGUAUGGAAGCGCGGUAUUCCGAGGCUGCUUUCGUAGACCCGAUAACCUCUCUCUGGCCUUGCCUGUGACCGCUGCCAUGCUGAACAUGUCCGUGGACAAGUGUGUGGACUUCUGUACUGGGAAGGAGUACCCGCUGGCGGCCCUGGCGGGCACUGCCUGCCACUGUGGCUUCCCCACCACGCGAUUCCCCCUCCAUGAGCGGGAGGAUGAGCAGCUCUGUGCGCAGAAGUGCAGCGCCGAGGAGUUCGAGAGCUGCGGGACCCCCAGCUACUUCAUCGUCUAUCAGACGCAGGUGCAAGAUAACCGCUGCAUGGACAGAAGGUUCCUCCCGGCCAAGUCGAAGCAGCUCAUUGCGCUGGCCAGCUUCCCAGGGGCCGGCAACACCUGGGCCCGCCACCUCAUCGAGCUGGCCACCGGCUUCUACACUGGCAGCUACUACUUCGAUGGCUCCCUCUACAACAAAGGCUUUAAAGGUGAGCGGGACCACUGGCGCAGCGGGCGGACCAUCUGCAUCAAGACGCACGAGAGUGGCCAGAAGGAGAUCGAGGCCUUCGAUGCCGCCAUCCUGCUCAUCCGGAACCCCUACAAGGCCCUCAUGGCAGAGUUCAACCGCAAGUAUGGCGGCCACAUCGGCUUUGCUGCCCACGCCCACUGGAAGGGCAGAGAGUGGCCAGAGUUUGUGAAGAACUACGCCCCCUGGUGGGCCACCCACACGCUGGACUGGCUGAAGUUUGGCAAGAAGGUGCUGGUGGUGCACUUCGAGGACCUGAAGCAGGACCUCUUCGUCCAGCUGGGCCGCAUGGUCCACCUGCUGGGCGUGGCCGUCCACGAGGACAGGCUGCUGUGCGUGGAGAGCCAGAAGGACGGCAACUUCAAGCGCUCGGGACUGCGGAAGCUCGAGUACGACCCCUACACUGCGGACAUGCAGAAGACCAUCUCCGCCUACAUCAAGAUGGUGGACGCAGCCCUGAAAGGGAGGAACCUCACAGGCGUGCCCGACGCCUACUACCCCAGAUGA